GGAAGCGCGGCCGGGCGGGCGGGCGCCAUGGCGCGGCCCGCGGUGACCGCGGCGCUGCCGCCCGGCAGGCAUGGACGAUGGCUUCCUCAUGGAGGUGUGCGUGGACUCGGUGGAGUCCGCCGUCAACGCGGAGCGCGGAGGUGCCGGGCGGAUCGAGCUGUGCGCCGGCCUCGUGGAAGGAGGGACCACGCCGAGCAUGGGGCUGCUGCAGGUGGUGAAGCAGUGCGUGCGGGUGCCCGUGUUCGUCAUGAUCCGGCCCCGCGGCGGCGAUUUCCUCUACUCGGACCGCGAGGUGGAGGUGAUGAAAGCCGACAUCCGGCUGGCCAAGCUGCACGGCGCCGACGGGCUGGUGUUCGGGGCGCUCACCGAGGACGGGCGCAUCGACACCGAGCUCUGCACGGCGCUGCUGGCCGUGUGCCGGCCCCUGCCCGUCACGUUUCACCGCGCCUUUGACAUGGUGCAUGACCCUGUGGUGGCACUGGAGACCCUGAUUUCCCUGGGCUUUGAGCGCGUGCUGACGAGUGGCUGUGACAGCUCAGCACUGGAAGGAUUGUCCUUGAUUAAGAGGCUUGCAGAACAGGCAAAGGGCAGAAUUGUGGUGGUGCCAGGAGGUGGCAUCACGGAGCGCAACCUGCAGAGGAUUCUGGAAGGCUCCACUGCUUCUGAGUUUCACUGCUCUGCUCGCUCAGCUCGGGACUCAGGCAUGAAGUUCAGAAAUCCCAACGUUGCCAUGGGAGCGUCCUUCUCUGCCCCCGAGUACUCCAUCAAGGUGGCAGACGUGGCCAAAGUGAGGACCCUGAACGCCAUUGCCAAGAACAUUCUGUAGUGGAGGGCACCGUGCUGGGCAAGAGCACAGACUGCAGGGUGUGCCCUGGCACGCGGGCUGAUGGGCACUGCUUCAUCCUCAGGCUGCAGAGGAUGUGCACUGGGUGAUGGAGCCUCACACCUCUUCCCUUGGCUUCCCCUGAAGUCCCUGGCCUGGAAACUUAUGUUGGCCAUUUUAAAUAAAAGGACUCAUUUCCAGAUGUUGCAGCAGCAGCUGUUGGGCAGCAUUUGGGAGGAAGGGAGGUGAGCAAGCAGGGGGACUGAAUUGUAUAGCACUGCAUGUGAUUGUCAAAUAAACACUGCAGCUGCCCCCCCUCUCA